UAUGAUUCAUGUUUUGGGGCAUCCAGCGGCUAAAAUAGGGCAAGGGUUAUGUGGUCUUGGCCAGGUCCCUUUUCCUUUCCGAGCUUCAGGUUCCUCAGGUAUAAAAUGGGUACUAUGGCUCCAUGAAGAUGAAACAGAAUAUAUGUAAAGCCCUUACACAGUGCUCAAUUCAUGAAAAUCAUCGCUGUUUACAUUGUUUAGGGCCCUCAAGAGGCGCUCUAAUCAGCGGGGUUGAGGAAAUGCCUCUUUAAAAUGACGUCAUUAUAGGAGACUUAAAAACCACUGCAUGUCUGUACAAGUGAACAGAAUCACACAGCUACCUAAAGUGGGUUCGCCUGUCAUACAGCUUAGAGGUUCCACUUACAACAGGUUUCCAUCAGUAGCCAAAGCAACAGAAAUUUUAGAUUAACAGAUCACGGCUUCCGGGAUUACCGCAGGGCGGGCGGGAAGCGCCUUUCCGCCCGGGUGGGAAGGCCGCGUCCCCAUGGGACUGCCGGAGGGGGCUGGAUCCCUAUGGCCUGCGGCAAACACCACCACCUAGGCGGUUCGGGGUCCCUCUCUCGGUGACUGGUGACCAGGAGGCCGCAAUCUGUUCACAUAAAAGCUCUACGGGUUUCCGCUCGGCCCUCACAGCGGCAGCGGACAGAACCGAGAAGGCAAUUCCCGCUCGGGUCCUAGGCCCAGGUAGGCCGGGCCGUGGGGUCUCCCCGGGCUCCACGCAGGGGCGGCGGGGCGGGGCGCAGUGACGCAAAGAGGAGUGACGCGACGACGCAACGCGACGCAGUGACGCACGCCCCUUUGUUGGCUCAGUAGCGAUAGCAGCGGCCGUGGAGGUGGCGCUGGGGACUGUUUUCUCUCGGAGGCCGGAGAGGAGCCGCGUCUGACUGAGGCGGGCAGCAAGCGGCCCCCUCUCUCCCUCCCUCCCUCCUCCGCGCCCUCCCCGCCGCCACCAGCCGUCAAACGCCAACCGCCGCUCCUGGGGAGGAGCCGCGGCCCGCGGGGCCGGAGCCAGGCCUGCGUCCGGACAUCAGCCGGAGCCGGAGCGAGAGCCGGGGCCUCGGCGUCCCCGCCCUCUCCCCGCCUCGGCCAGCGUCCGCCGGGCCCCCGCGCGUCGCGCCAUGGACUCGGACGAGGGCUACAACUACGAGUUCGACGAGGACGAGGAGUGCAGUGAGGAGGACAGCGGCGCCGAGGAGGAGGAGGACGAAGACGACGACGAGCCGGACGAUGAUACCCUGGAUCUGGGCGAGGUGGAGCUGGUGGAGCCCGGCCUGGGCGUCGGCGGGGAGCGGGACGGACUGCUGUGCGGGGAGACGGGCGGUGGCGGCGGCAGCGCUCUGGGGCCCGGCGGUGGCGGCGGCGGCGGCGGCGGCGGCGGUGGUGGCGGGCCGGGGCACGAGCAGGAGGAGGAUUACCGCUACGAGGUGCUCACGGCCGAGCAGAUUCUACAACACAUGGUGGAAUGUAUCCGGGAGGUCAACGAGGUCAUCCAGAAUCCAGCAACUAUCACAAGAAUACUCCUUAGCCACUUCAAUUGGGAUAAAGAGAAGCUAAUGGAAAGGUACUUUGAUGGAAACCUGGAGAAGCUCUUUGCUGAGUGUCAUGUAAUUAAUCCAAGUAAAAAGUCUCGAACACGCCAGAUGAAUACAAGGUCAUCAGCACAGGAUAUGCCUUGUCAGAUCUGCUACUUGAACUACCCUAACUCGUAUUUCACUGGCCUUGAAUGUGGACAUAAGUUUUGUAUGCAAUGCUGGAGUGAAUAUUUAACUACCAAAAUAAUGGAAGAAGGCAUGGGUCAGACUAUUUCGUGUCCUGCUCAUGGUUGUGAUAUCUUAGUGGAUGACAACACAGUUAUGCGCCUGAUCACAGAUUCAAAAGUUAAAUUAAAGUAUCAGCAUUUAAUAACAAAUAGCUUUGUAGAGUGCAAUCGACUGUUAAAGUGGUGUCCUGCCCCAGAUUGCCACCAUGUUGUUAAAGUCCAAUAUCCUGAUGCUAAACCUGUUCGCUGCAAAUGUGGGCGCCAAUUUUGCUUUAACUGUGGAGAAAAUUGGCAUGAUCCUGUUAAAUGUAAGUGGUUAAAGAAAUGGAUUAAAAAGUGCGACGAUGACAGUGAAACCUCCAAUUGGAUUGCAGCCAACACAAAGGAAUGUCCCAAAUGCCAUGUCACAAUUGAGAAGGAUGGUGGUUGUAAUCACAUGGUCUGUCGUAACCAGAAUUGUAAAGCAGAGUUUUGCUGGGUGUGUCUUGGCCCGUGGGAACCACAUGGAUCUGCCUGGUACAACUGUAACCGCUAUAAUGAGGAUGAUGCAAAGGCAGCAAGAGAUGCACAGGAGCGAUCUAGGGCAGCCCUGCAGAGGUACCUGUUCUAGUGUAAUCGCUAUAUGAACCACAUGCAGAGUCUGCGCUUUGAGCACAAACUAUAUGCUCAGGUGAAACAGAAAAUGGAGGAGAUGCAACAGCACAACAUGUCCUGGAUUGAGGUGCAGUUCCUGAAGAAAGCAGUUGAUGUCCUCUGCCAGUGUCGUGCCACACUCAUGUACACUUAUGUCUUCGCUUUCUACCUCAAAAAGAAUAACCAGUCCAUUAUCUUUGAGAAUAACCAAGCAGAUCUAGAGAAUGCCACAGAGGUGCUCUCGGGCUACCUUGAACGAGAUAUUUCCCAAGAUUCUCUGCAGGAUAUAAAGCAGAAAGUACAAGACAAGUACAGGUAAUUUUUUUUUAAGCUGUUGAAUAAAACUUUCUGCCAGUGAUGGUCUAGUGUGCCUUAGUGGUCAAGUUCAGUGAUAGUGAAACUAGGCUUAGCAUAUCCACCAACUGAGCUGCUGCCAUGUUUCUCACAAAUUGCUUCUGUCCGUUGGGCACUAAAUUGCAGGUAGUAGUACUGGUGAAGCAUACAUAGAGGAGGAAUUCAACCACUUAUUCUACUGGCUAAUUCUGCUUCUGUUCAAUUAUUUAGUUGCUACCUUGCAAGGAAGAAAGAACCCAGAAAGGCCAAGUGGCUUUUAGGAUGAGAGUGAGAAUUGGAUGUUGGUCUUAGCCUGGAAUCCUAUGUAUGGGUCAUGGCUAUUCACAAAUGAGCUAUGGGAACUUACUUUUUAGAGUUUUUAUUAGAUUUUUUGUGUGUAUAUAUAUAUAUCUAAGGAGAUACUUGUCCUAGGAGUUGAUUUUUCAAG